AUGUCUCGAAGACCUGAUGCUGCGUCUGAAACAGGCUCGCACCCUAUUCACGGCUGCGACACAAGCGGGCGACACUACAAAUCGGCUGAAGAAAUGUGGGCUCAUGAACUUCGUGGAGACUUAUACAACAAAGAAACUGGUUGGUAUGGGAAGUCCCUGGAGUACUGGUCUUCUGUCCCGGCUACGGUAAGUGGUGUUUUGGGUGGUAUGGAACAUAUUCACGAUGUUGACGUGAAAGAGUCCCGCGAGUUUGUGACAUCUCUACCAGAUCGUGGUACAACACGGGCGUUGGAUUGUGGUGCUGGCAUUGGUCGCAUUACAAAGACACUACUCAGCACUAUGUACACCAUCACAGAUGUCUUGGAACCAGUCCCUAAAAUGCUUGAUAAAGCAAAGGAGGAACUUAAAGGUCUUCCUGUGGGAGAAUUUAUUCUUUCUUCUAUGGAAACUGCAACACUUAAGCCACAUACGUACGAUCUUAUUGUUAUUCAAUGGACAGCAAUCUAUUUAACUGAUGAAGAUUUUGUGAAAUUUCUGGCGCAUUGCAAGACUGCGCUGACUCCUAACGGUUAUAUAUUCUUUAAGGAGAAUUGCUCCUCCGAUGAUGGGUUUAUCGUCGACAAGGAAGACAGUAGUCUAACUCGCUCGGAUGCGCAUUACAAGCGCAUUUUUGCAGCAGCAGGUGUCGAGGUUGUGAAGGAAGCCAUGCAGAAGGAAUGGCCAGAAGAUCUUUUUAAAGUAAAAAUGUACGCACUACGUUAA